AUGGAUGAAAGUAAUACAAAUAGUAAUGGUAAUGGAAGUGAAGAUUUGAAAACAGCAACAACAACAACAACCAAUGAAAUCAAUGGUGAUGUAAAUAUGAAAGAUAGAUCAAGAAGUAGAAGCAGAAGUAAAGAUAGACUGGACAACAACAGUAGUAAUAGUAAUAAUAAUAACAAUGGUAAAAAUAAAAGUAAAAGUAAAAGUAGAAGUAGAAGCAGAGAUAGAGAUAGAGUAUUGUCACCAAUGAGAAAGCCAUCAAGAUCACGCUCACCUCCAUACAGAAGAGGAGGUGGUUCGCGUUCUAGAUCACGCUCUAGAUCACCAAUGGCCUAUAGACAAUCAUAUAGAUCACCUCCAAGAGGAGGCGGUCGCUUUAGAUCGAGAUCACGCUCGAGAUCGAGAUCACCGCUGUACAGCAGACGCGGUGCCAGCUCGAGAUCUAGAUCGCGUUCGCCUAUCAUGAGAAGAGGCGGUUCGUCAAGAUCGAGAUCACCUCCCUACAGAAGAGAUAGAUCACGUUCACCUCUUUAUCGCUCGCGUUCACCAAUGAGAAGAGGCGGUUCCUCAAGAUCGAGAUCACCUCCCUACAGAAGAGACAGAGACAGAUCACCACCUCUUAGACGUUCACCAAUGAGAAGAGACAGAGAUAGAUCACCAAUAAGAAGAGACAGAGAUAGAUCUAGAUCACCUCUAUAUAGACGUGGAGGCGAUAGAGAUCGAUCGCCAAUGAGAAGAUCACCCAUUAGAAGAGAUAGAGACAGAGACUUAUCACCAAAGCGAGGAAGAGAUAGAGAUAGAUCAACUUCAAGAGAUCGACCAAAGACAGCAACUGCAGCAUCGACCACCACAGAAAACAAUCAUGAAAAUACUUCGAAAUCAUCGAGAUCAAGAUCAAGAUCACAAAGUCUAUCGCCACUUCGUGUAGACCGUCUAACACCAAACGUAACAAAAGAUCAUAUCAUUGAAAUAUUCGGUUAUUUCGGAAAAAUUAAAAAAGUAGAAUAUUUAUGGGAUAAAGAAAGAAAUUUACCAUUGGGUAUCGCAUUUGUAUCCUUUGAAGAUAGAGACGAACGUAAUAGAGCUAAAAGAUAUUUAGAUAGUGGACAAAUUGAUGGAAAUGUAAUUUCAGUUAGAUUUAUUAAGAGAGAUAGAUUCAGGAAAGGUGGUGGUGGUGGUGGAAGAAGAUACAGAGCAUAUUCACCUAGAAGAGACAGAGGAAGAUCUCCACCAAGAAGAAUCAUUUCAGGUAGAAGAUCAUCUAGAUCAAGAAGUCGUUAA